UUCACAGAUUAAAGAGGAACAGGGAGAGUUCUACAUCAGUCAGGAUGAAGAGCAGCUUGAUCUAAAGCAGGAGACUGAUACCUUGAUGGAGAUUCCUUUUUAUGGGGAAAAUGAUCACAAUGAAUCAGAUCUAAACAAACAGAAGAGCUUCAGUGUAACUGAUAGUCAGGAUGAAGAAGGAAACCAACAUGAAGAAUCAUCAUCAACUACAGAUGAAGAGAUAGACCCACAGAUCAGAGAUCAGAAGAAGAGAAGACAGAGAAGUCAUAUCCAAAGUGUGGAAAGCUCUCACAUGUCAGAAAGUCAGUGUGACUCUGAUGUUAGAAAAAAAUCUAAGAAGAAAACUUCAGUAGAGAAGCACAAACAAUCUCCAAAAGAAAAGAGACGUUCCUCUGUUAAGGCUGGUAAAAGAAAAAUAAUUGCACACAAUGUGUCUCCCCACAUGAGAGCUGAGUCUGAUGGAAGACCAUACGUCUGCAAAGAUUGUGGUAAACGUUUUGAUUACUCGUCUAAGUUGACAAGUCACAUGAGAGCUCACACAAGAGAAAAGCCUUUUUGUUGUCAAGAAUGUGACAAAAGUUUUAGUUGGAUAUCUGAUCUCAAAAAACACAUGAUAAUUCAUACAGGAGAGAAGCCUUUUGUUUGUCAAGAAUGUGAUAAAAGUUUUAGUCAGAUGUCUAAUCUCAAAAGACACAUGAUAAUUCAUACAGGAGACGAGCCUUUUGUUUGUCAAGAAUGUGAUAAAAGUUUUUAUCAAUUAUCUAACCUCAAAUCACACAUGAGAACUCAUACAGGAGAGAAGCCUUUUGUUUGUCAAGAAUGUGAUAAAAGUUUUAGUCAGAUAUCUGAUCUCAAAAAACACAUGAUAAUUCAUACAGGAGAGAAGCCUUUUGUUUGUCAAGAAUGUGAUAAAAGUUUUAGUCUGAUGUCUUAUCUCAAAAGACACAUGAUAAUUCAUACAGGAAAGAAGCCUUUUGUUUGUCAAGAAUGUGAUAAAAGUUUUUAUCAAUUAUCUAACCUCAAAUCACACAUGAGAACUCAUACAGGAGAGAAGCCUUUUGUUUGUCAAGAAUGUGAUAAAAGUUUUAGUCGAAUAGCUACUCUCAAAACACACUUGGUAAUUCACACAGGAGAGAAGCCUUUUUGUUGUCAAGAAUGUGACAGAAGGUUUUGUGACCCAUCUAGUUUCAGAAGACACGUGGUAAUCCAUACCGGAGAGAAGCCUUUUUCUUGUAAAGAAUGUGAUAAAAGUUUUUAUCGUGCAUAUAACCUCAAAAGGCACAUGAGAAUUCACACAACAGAGAAGCCUCUCUCAAAAAAAAAGAAAAAAAAAAUUAAACAGUUUUUUGAAGUCUGACUUUUGUAGUGAGAACAUCUUUUAUUUUCAAUUAAUUUUGUGAUAUAAUAAUCACAUUUUCUAGGACAAAUAUCUAGUUUCAUUGUCUAUCAGCCACAAUCCUCAAAAUUCAUUAUAAUUAGGAUUGAUACAUUUAUAUCUGUAUAAUGAUUCUAUACUGUAUGAGCUUUUCUUUUUAUUGAUUGACAAUAAAUAUUGAACAUUUUCCAUGAAAUUCCUUCUUUUAGGUGUAUCAUAACAGUUAAAUCCUCAGCUCUUGAAUGGCUUUUACCAGUUUUGAAGGUACCAUCACUUUUUGUACAGGCAUUGUUUAUGGAUUUGAGUUUUAAAGAAACGAUGAACAUUUUUAAAAGUAAUGCUCAAUUUUGUUGGUUUUACUAAUAGAUUACAUUAGAUUUUUUUAAAUAACCUUUUUGCUAUAAACUUGUUGUUGACUUUUGUUGUUGUAGUUUAUGCUGAUACAGUGUGUAUGUUAUCUAAAUCUGUGUUACCAUGACAACACUAGAAAUACUGUAAAUACAUAUUUUUGUCUGACAAAUUUUACGUGAUCCUUGAAGAAAAAAAUGACUACAUUUAAUAUUAAAUAUAUAUUGAUGAAUCAUGUGAGUAAAUAAUUUUGAGUAAUAUUUUUUUUUCUUUAAAUUGUAGUAAGGAAGAGAUGGAUCAUAAAAGACUGUCAUUUCUGUCUUGUGUUGUUGUGAUUCCUGUUUUCUAGUAGAGAUUAGAAGCGUUUCUCUGUUCUUUUUAGUUCUCAGUGUUCUGUCUCAAUCUUUCCUGUGAAGAAUAAAGUGGACGUGAACAUCAGUCAGAAGUGUGGAGUCUUUCCCACAGUGUGGCUUUCUGCUGUUUGUUGGUUCUCUGCAGGUUCCAAAGCUGGACUCCUCAAGUCCAGUUCUGACUGCUGAGCUCAGGACUGAGCUCAGAUCACAGAGCUCCAUCAGGAGGUGUGAAGAAGACUGAAGUCAACAAACUGCUUCUCUGUGCUUUUCUCAUCAGUCUGAGUGCAGCAGUGAGGUUCAGCGCAGCUCUGUUGGUCAAACAGAAUCCUCU